CCGGCUGCAGGAAGCCAUGCUUAUCCCUUUCAUGUCUCCUCCUCCUUCCUGCCUCAUCCUUUCUCCCUGUUCUUCCCCUGCCUUUCUCUCACACAUUUAUAGGUCUUGGGCAGGUGCGUGAACAUGGACAUAGAAACAGACGAAUGCAACAGCAGUGAGAAGAACAGCUCCGGAGCUGUGAUUUUUUCGGGGUGAGACCAGACCUUAACCAGCAGCCAGGAGAGAAAGACAGGGAGUGAGAGUGGAGAAAGAUGGAGGACACUCAGCCGACAGAGUAUGGGAAGGCGGAUGGUUCGAGGGCAUCAGGAUCCAAUGCAUCCCUCUCCCCGGCAACCUUAAGCCCAGCUGUUCCUCCAUACGUGAAACUGGGUUUGACGGUGGCCUACACGGCUUUCUACUCAUUGCUCUUCGCCUUCGUCUAUGCCCAGCUGUGGCUGGUGCUACGCUACCGGCACAAGCGUUUCAGCUACAAGACGGUGUUCCUGUUCCUGUGCCUGCUGUGGGCUGCUCUGCGUGCUCUGCUCUUCUCCUUUUACUUCAGGGACUGUGUGACGGCCAACGCUCUUGGGCCCUUCGCCUUCUGGCUGCUCUACUGCUUCCCAGUGUGCCUGCAGUUUUUCACGCUCAGCCUGAUGAACCUCUACUGUGCACAGGUUUUCUUUAAGGCCAAGUCAAAGUAUUCUCCUCAUCUGCUCAAGUACAAGUUCCCUUUGUACCUGGUCUUUGUGGGUGCUAGUCUGCUCUUCCUCUUGGUGAAUCUGGCUUGUGCUCUGCUGGUUAAAAUGUCGGAUGCGCAAGUUAAGACUAUCGUCUUGGUGCGCGUCACCAUUAACGACUCCCUUUUCGUGCUCUGUGCCAUCUCUCUCUCCGUCUGUCUCUACAAGGUGGCCAAGAUGUCACUUGCCAGUAUUUAUCUAGAGUCCAAGGGGACCUCUGUGUGUCAGGUGACCCUGAUCGGCAUCAUGGUGAUUCUCCUGUAUACAUCACGCGCCUGCUACAAUCUCGUCGUCCUAGCUUUAACGAAUAUCGAAAAUAUCAAUUCCUUCGAUUAUGACUGGUACAACGUGUCUGACCAGGCAGACCUGCGGUCCAAUCUGGGUGAUGCUGGAUAUGUGGUGUUCGGGGUGAUUCUCUUCGUCUGGGAACUUCUGCCCACCUCGCUGGUGGUUUUCUUCUUCAGGGUUCGCAAGCCAGCACAGGACAGGAGUGCAUCUGCCAUCCCCAGUCACGUCUUCUCCACCAAACGCUACUUUUUUGACAAUCCUCGACGAUAUGACAGUGAUGAUGAUCUGGCCUGGGGAUCCUAUCCUCAGAAUUCGUCAACAAGUUUGUCGUCAGACUGCUAUGAUUGGGGCAGCCGAAGCAGCAGCUUCCUCAUAAACCUGGGUGGAGAAAAUCAACGAUCAUCACCAGGCCUAAACCAUUAGCCCAAGAGCGCAGAAUAUUGCUAUUUGUACAUCCCUUGAUGCACUGCACUUUAACAUGUACAUCCACAUAAAUGGAUCUUUACGGCUGACUUACUCUUCCCGGUCACACACCAGCCAGAAAGAGGGUUCGCGCUAAGUGAAUUGUAAGGAAGGCAUACAGUAUGUUACCAUGGUGAUCACGCCUAAGCGAUGCAUAGGUUACCAUGGUAACCCGGACCGACUGCAUCGUAAUCUCUCACAUUGUAACUAAUGUAAAAAGGUACACUAAUCAAGAUUUCAGGUGUCACGGCUUCAAUCAAAAAGCCACAAACGUCACAUGUAAGUUGUAGUUUGUUACCGUAGUACACACUUGUAGCCAAACCUAGUAGAAAUCUGUAUGCACUGUAAUUAUUCUCGCUUGCACACACACACACACACACACACACACACAGGAUACACAUAGUUCAGUUUCGAUUAUCUUAUGGAAUCAAAGAAAUCAUAAAAAAAUCUUAAUUGGAGUACCUUUAACUCUGCCAACUCUAAAUUCACUUUACUAUCAUAUACAUGAGUAAAAAUAUCCACCGUAAAAUAAGCUAUUAUUUACAGCAUGAACACGUAAUUUGCUAUAUUUGUGUUGACAGUAAACAAUAGAAAAAGACCCGCUCAUGUUCCAGGAAUAAACGUCUUCAUUUCUUCUGCAGUAUUUCAGGCCUUUUAUUCAUACGCUAUUUGUGAAAAUAAGCUUUCAGUUGGUUUGUUGGUUAAAAGUAUUUUGUUGAGCACAAGAUUGUAAAGAUUCACCAAUAAAGAAAU